AUGCCGAAAUUGUUAUUGAUCCCUAUAAAUUCAUCAUAAAAUCUAAAUCUUGAACAUAUCUAGAGAUUUUUUUCCUUAAAAACUUCUCAAUAUGCUAGAAAAUUGUUCAGAAAAUCCUAGGAUGAAACAGAUUUAGAGAUGGGAAACCUGCUUUAGCAUAUAAACAUUAAUAAGAGGAAAUCAUUUACCGAAUAUCAACUUGAAAGCGGGGACAUUGGCCUUCUUGCAAAACUAGGUGAUGCAUCCAUCAGACUUGUUAAUGCUGAUCCAAGCUAAUAGGAGGAAAAAUUCAUUAGAAGUGAAGAAUUCAAGCAGAUCUGCUAAAAAGAAUUGUAGGCAUAGCCCUAUGACGUUUUCAUUCAGGUGGUUCAAAUUCAUUUCAAUACAAAGUUUGCUCAAAAGCAAAUAACAUUUGUAUUUACUUCAUUGGCUUUAUCGGCGCAAACUAAAACAGAGGCAAUUAGCAUGCUCUCUGUAUAUAUCACUGAAGUUAUAUCUAGGGGGUUCCUAUGUAUUAAUGGAUAGCUACCACCUGGACUCCCAUAGCCUUUUGUUAUCUAGAAUGAUGAAGGAGUAUAGUGUAUAAUUGCACCUGAUCAAUUAGAAGCUCCAAUUUUGCAGGCAGGAGCCUAUACUGGCAUUCUGGCUAUUGUCACAGAAUACAUACUUCUCUAUCAGCAUUUCAGUGCUUAUUUAAUUACAGAGAAGAAGUUGAUUCAUAGAUAGUUUUUUUACAAUUUUACAUCCCAAGACUUCCAAUUAACUUUAAAAACCACUUAGACUACCCACAUGCAUGAUAAGCUAGACUACAGUUUCAUCCUUCAUGAAGCUUAAAAACAAAUAAUGAAAAAAUCUCAAAUUUAAAGUUUUUUUGUUUCUGUUGCUGAUUUGAUAUCUGAAAAUUCCCCUAAUAUAAUAACUAAAUAUGUGGAAAUUACCAAUUUAAACUAAGAUUUAACUGUUUAUGAUUUUGAUAAUUCUCUAGAAAUUGAACAGCCCUUAGAAUAUCUAGAAUAUAAAUUGGCAGAAGGCUAUAUUUAUUUUUAGACUCUACAACUACCCUUGGGAUCAGACCAUGGAAUCUAUGACUCAGUUCAUUGCAUUGUUGAUACAAAAAUGUUUCCACAUUGGAAUGAGGAAUAGUAAAUUCCAGCAGAAAAAUGUUUGAACGUGAAAAUUAUGGCUGAAGAAAAUAAGAAUAUCCUUGAAAAGCGGGAGCCAAAGAUCUGUAUGCUAGGACUCACAGGUUCUGGCAAGAGUUCUCUGUGCAAUGAGAUAAUAUUUUAGGAUGGUAAUGAUCCCAUCUUCUUUGUUAAUGACAAUCUCGAUUCUCUGACAAAUGACUUAAAAAUUUAUUAUGCUCCUUGGUUUGACAAACAGGAUAAUGUCACUGUCAUAGAUGUUCCAGGAUUCGGAGAUUCAUAAGGAAGAGAUUAGCAAUUCCUGGAUUAGCUAUGUUAAGGAAUAAAAAAUUAGGGGGAAAUUGAUGUCUUUAUACUCGUUAUUAAAAAAGAUAGAAUGAGUUCUCUUUUCUGGGAAAUGCUUGCAUUAUAUAAAGAAAUGCUUGGUCCUAAUUGUUGGUAAAACUUUGUAAUUGUGUUAACUGGAGUAGAUUUUAUAAGUGAAGACAUCGAAACCAAGGAAGAAUAUUAAAGGCUGUUAGAGAAGGAAGAAUAAUAAUUUUAGGAGCAAUUUUCUAGUAAACUUAAAGAGCAGAAAACUUUGAUAGUUGCCUUAAGUUUAAGGUAACCUUAAAAUGGAAAGAAAAGAAAUUAAAUUUGCAAUUAAUUAGCCAAUUACAUAACAGAAAAAGUUACUAAGGCCAAUAAAGACGAUAAAGAUAAAUGGAUAUCAGAAAUAAAUUUUGAAAAUUAUUUAAAAAUAAAAACAGAAACAGAUAUACUAUCAUUUAUAAGAGAGAACUGUAAAAAAAUACUCUUGUAAAAUUUAGAAAAAUUUCAUUAAGAAGCAUAAGAAUGGGCAGAAAAAUUAUCUGCUGCAAAUAUAAAGGGUGAAAUUUAGGAAGAAAAUUUUUACAGUUUCAAAAAUGAAGUUAUCAUUUUUUUUAAGGAUGGCAGCCUCUUUAGCUUAUUGGGUGCCUUAAAAAUGGCAACGUUAGAAAUGACCUUAUCAUAAUUAAGUUUUUAUUCCAUGGGAGGUUUUGCAAUAUUUGGAGUUUAUUGUAUAGCAAUGAAGGCAAAAUGGUCAAGAAAUGAAGUAGUUGAAAAAACAAUCAAAACAAUACUUGAUAAUAUUGAGAAGACAAAGGACCAUUUAAUAAGUAAAGUUUUAGAUGCUUGGAAAUAAGCAAUUGAAAAAGCUUUAGAAAUAGCACAACAAAGAUCAAAUAUAAUAGGUGAUGCUAAUGAUUACUCGAUGUUUUUACAAUAGAAAUAGCUUCAGUGA